CAGUAGUCAGCGCAGUAGUCAACGGUUUUCCUCUCGAUACAUUUCGCUGUUAGGCGCCGUUUCGUUCCGCUAUCAGUCAUAUGGAUAACGAGAGGACGGCAGGAGAGGGAAUCGGCCGUUGCCGAUGAACGAUGGACGGAAGGUGGCCACUGCCGGUCAUUCUUGAUGAGCAGUAGUCGCAAGGUAGUUCGCAUAGUAGUGCUCCGGUUGACAUCUCGAAACAGCGAACGUGCGACUCUUUCUCUCUUUGCCACCUUUUGUGUAAAGCGCGAGCCAAAACGCGUCGAACCGUGCAAGUGUCUACAGAAUCACGGAAACAUGGGCGUGGAGACCGACACCGGGGGUGUUUUUAGAAAACCCGGCGCGAGACCGGAAGUUCUUAAGCACAACCAGAAAUUGCCUGGGAACAUGGAGCGCGGAUUGCACGAGCGCGACCGAGUCGGCGUUGAGGACUUCGUCCUGCUGGAGGACUUCCGCAGCGAGGCCGCCUUCAUUGACAAUUUGCGCAAACGAUUUAAGGAGGAUCUCAUUUACACGUACAUCGGCCAGGUGCUGGUGUCGAUGAAUCCUUAUAAGAAACUGCCCAUCUAUACCCCAGAGACGAUUCUUUACUACCACGGGAGAAAUUUCUUCGAGGCACCUCCUCACAUUUUUGCUCUCGCGGACACCGCCUAUCAAUCCCUGGCCAAGGAAAAUCGCGAUCAAUGCAUUCUGAUUUCGGGUGAAUCGGGAUCUGGGAAAACAGAGGCGUCCAAGAAGGUCUUGGAGUUUAUCGCGACUGCUACCGGGCAUAAGAAACAGGUGGAGCAGGUGAAUGAUAAAUUAAUUGGUAGUAAUCCCGUGCUGGAAGCUUUCGGUAACGCGAAGACCAAUCGCAAUGACAAUUCAUCCCGCUUCGGCAAGUACAUGGACGUUCAGUUCAAUUUUCAGGGAGAUCCAGUCGGUGGAAAUAUUUUGAACUAUUUAUUAGAAAAGUCCCGAGUCGUUCAUCAAUCAGUUGGCGAACGUAAUUUUCAUAUCUUUUACCAACUUUUGGCGGGAGCGGACGAUGACACGUUGAGAAAAUUGUUUUUGAAAAGAAAUCUCGAUACCUUUUUCUACUUGAGCAACGGGACGAAAGGUACAGUGGAUACCAUCGACGAUGCUAAUCAGUACAAAGAAGUUGUUCGGGCCAUGAAGACUAUGGAGAUGUCUCAGCAAGAACAGAACGACCUGUUUGCCAUAGUCGCAUCGGUGUUACACAUGGGUAACGUAGGUUUCUCGGAGGAGGAUGGCGUAGCGACUAUUUUGAAACCCGCGUCUGUCGAUGCCGUCGCUACGCUGCUAGACUGCGACGUGAAGCGACUGGCAAAGGCAUUUACUCAUCGCACCAUAAAUGCUCACGGUGACGUGGUGGUUUCACCCUUGAAUAGAGAAUUGGCUAUUUAUGCGAGAGACGCACUAGCAAAGGCCGUGUAUGACAGAUUAUUCACCUGGCUCGUGACUAGACUCAACAAGUCUUUACAGCCCCAGACUAAUCCUCGCCGCAAAAUGGUCAUGGGUAUUUUGGAUAUUUAUGGUUUUGAGAUCUUUCAAAAAAAUAGUUUCGAGCAGUUUUGCAUUAAUUUUUGCAAUGAGAAACUGCAACAACUGUUUAUCCAGUUGACACUGAAAUCAGAACAGGAAGAAUAUCUACGUGAAGGAAUAACUUGGGAAAAUAUAGACUAUUUUAAUAACAAAAUCAUUUGCGAUUUGAUUGAAGAAAAGUAUAAAGGAAUAAUAUCAUUAAUGGAUGAGGAAUGCUUGCGUCCCGGAGAACCAACGGAUAUGAGCUUCCUGGAGAAGUUAAACGUAAAUCUGAACAAUCAUCCUCACUACAUCAGUCAUCAAAAAGCUGAUAUACAAACACAAAAGAUUAUGGGACGAGACGAAUUCAGAUUGGUGCAUUACGCCGGCGAUGUUACCUAUAAUGUACGUGGAUUUCUCGAGAAAAAUAAUGAUUUACUAUUUCGAGAUUUACGUGAAGUUAUGUCGCAUACAACAAAUUCCAUCACAAAGACUGUAUUUGAUGUGAAAGAUUUAACAAGUAAGAAACGCCCCGAGACUGCCAUAACUCAAUUUAAAAAUAGUUUAAAUAAUCUAGUUGAUAUUCUCAUGGGGAAAGAACCGUCUUACAUUCGCUGCAUCAAACCUAACGAUUUUAAGAUGCCCAAUCAAUUUAAUGAAAAGAUCGUGUUGCAUCAAGUGAAGUACUUGGGCUUGAUGGAGAAUCUACGAGUGAGACGCGCCGGUUUCGCAUAUCGAAGACCAUACGACCAAUUCUUGCAACGUUACAAAUGCCUCUGUGCGGAAACCUGGCCGAAUUAUCACGGUCCGGCCAAGGAAGGUGUGCAGGUGCUCGUGUGUUAUCUUGGUUACGAGCGCGACGAAUACAGGAUGGGAAAUACAAAAUUAUUUAUUCGAUUUCCUAAAACGUUAUUCGUCACGGAGGACGCGUUCCAAAUGAAGAAACACGAAGUAGCCGCCAUUAUCCAGAGCAAAUGGAAAGGUAUAUUAACAAGGAGGAAAUAUUUAGAGACGCGACAAGCAGCGAUCGUUUUUCAGAAAUACAUUCGUAGGUGGCACGCAAGACGCCAAGCCAAAAAACGACGACAGGCAGUUGCCACUGUCCGCAGAUUUAUCAAAGGUUUUAUUACACGGGAUGGACCGCCUACAGAGAUUAAUAAGGCAUUUAUCGAAUUGGCAAAGUCGCAAUGGCUUAUCAGACUUUCGAAGUCAUUGCCACCGGGUGUCCUAAAUAAGUAUUGGCCACCAUGUCCGUAUUCUUGUCAAGAGGCAUCAGAUCAUUUGCGCAUAAUGCACAUGCGAUGGAAAGCCCGUUGUUAUCGAAUGGCAUUAAGCAAGGAGGAUAAAGAGCAGUUCGAGUUGAAGAUUCUUGCGGAGUCUCUGUUCAAAAAUAAGAAAAAAUCUUACGCGAAAAGUUUAAAUCCGAGAUUUGUAAGUGAUCGUCUCGGCGAGGAGUACAAAGCACUGCGACAGAGUUUUAUCAAUAAUAUUUUAACUUCCGGAGAAAACAUAAAGUACGCCACACCUGUCAUUAAAUACGAUCGGCACGGAUAUAAGCCACGCGAGAGAGUACUCAUUUUAACACAAAAUGCAGUAUACAUUCUCGACACGCUUAAGACCUUCAAGCUUAAGCAUCGUCUGCCUUACAAGGCCAUCGAGGAGUUGGUCGUCACCGGGGAAUCGGAUAACUUACUCAUCGUCAGGAUACCGCCUGAAUCGAAAAAGGACAAGGGUGACUUGAUUUUAGAAGUUCCGCAUCUAAUAGAAGCGUUAACGAAAGCGAUCGAUAUCACCAACAAUCCGAACAUUCUCAAGAUUGUCAAUACCGAAUCUGUGUCCCACAAACUAGUCAGUGGUAAGGAGGGAGUUAUCGAAGUUAGAACUGGUGCCACUCCAGCAAUCAGUAAAAAUCCACAGAGUGGGCACUUGUUAGUGGUAAGGAGCUUGAAAUCUCAAAUAAUCCUAAUCCCUUUAUUUUAUAUACCCCCAUAAGAAAUUGUCCUUCCCUUGCACUUGUUUCAAAUCUCUAAAUUUCAGGUCGCUUCUCCAUAAAAUUAUCCUAAAAGGAAGGAUCUCUCAGGGGACUGAAAGAACCAAUGCUACGAUGCCUUCAGUGGCCUUAACACAAUGUGAUUUAGAAAGUACGCGCAAGAGAAUAUUAAGAAGAGAUAAUAUAUAUCCCACUAUAAUAUACAUCUUUAAAUUAUUCUGGCGAUACUUUACCACAAAGGGAUGAUAAAUUGACGACAAUACAUAAGUCUUUCGCUACGACGUAGACAGAUUACGUUGAAAUCUUGUUACGAAAGACACAGAGUGCCAUAAGGCCUCCUGUAUAAUAUUUCCUUGUAAAGUAGAUAAUAUUAUUAAACAAUAUUUAUUCUAAAUGGAAAGAAUGAUGAAACUGAGUGGAUUAACGAGUUUGUCAGUAAUUUAUGAACGUUAUUUAAAUAUAAGCUAAGCUUCAGUUACGCAGACGCAAUAAAUGAAUAAAUUCAUAUCA